UCAGUUAUUUUCUAUACUAUUUACCAUCCCGAACCUGGACCAGAAGACUUGCACAAGCUUAAUUUGUCUCUACAAGGAACUCCUGAAUCAGCGUGUGUCGUAGUUGUUGGUGGCUUUAACCUUCCCUCUCUAACUUGGUCACCUGAUGAAUCCGCCCCUACUAACAUCGGCGGGUCUCAGGAGGACAAUGAAUUCUGCGUCCUAACAAAAGAUAACUUCCUCACUCAAUUCAUUAAAGGCCCUACUCACAUAGCAGGAAACAAACUCGACUUGCUUCUCUCCAACUGUCCGGAAGUUAUCGACCACGUCUCCACUUCUACUCCAAUGGAAAGUAAUUUCCCAUCUGAUCACUACCUAGUAGAUUUCUUUAUACGGCUGAAGUUCAAGCGAGCAAAGCGUAUGCAACGUAAAGCGUACAACUACAAGAGAGCAGAUUUCGAGGCCCUUCGUAACCGUCUGCAGCUUAACGCAUUAGACAUGUCCGUCUCUGAUGAUGUCGAUCUCUACUGGUUUCGGUGGAAAGCAUUAUUUUUAGCUGCCGUAGAAAAAUGUGUGCCUGUUAAAGUUAUAAAAGACACAAACUCUCCUCCAUGGAUUGAUGGAGAAAUCAUGCAGGCACCUCCUGCGCAAGAAAUAUCGAGCUCUCAAAAAAUACCGCGAAAAUAG